UAAGCCAGCAUCUGCUCAAUAUCGAAAAACAGGUAUAUAAGUUGAUGGACGUUUCGCGCGAGCACUCAAAUUGCGCGCCGUGCACGGAGCAUCGACUCGAUCCAUGUAAGACACCAGUUGCCCGGGUGUUGACGACAGUGCGCCGAAAUCGAGACGCUUCGCCAGCCUCUCUCCCCUGUUCGCCUACUUCUCUAUCGAACCCCCGAUGAUAUAUUAGUUUGCCGCACUCGACCAGGUGUCACAAUUUUGUAAUUAAGCCCAUGAACUCUGUUUGCGCCUCCUCUCUGUAAAUCAUAAUUCAUUCGGCGGGAUGAUACGAUUCGAUGAAUACAAAUCAAUUACUCAAUUUCUCGACAGUGUCCCGGCUCUCGUCACCCUCUUCAUCUGAUCAUAAAAACAAAAGCUUCUGACGACUUCUGCCCCUUCCUCUCAUCCUAACCUUUCCUCCUUCGCGAAAACCCUCAAUUCAUCCCCUCAUCUUCACCAAGACCUUCAUUGGGAGCGCAUCAUUUCUUCGCGACCUCUUCGCCGUUCCUCUGUUUCCGAUCUUGUUCCUCGCUUCCACGACGUCGGUGCGGCUUCGAUAGAGCAUGUCUCUCAAACUUGGAGUGCCGGUGGACUCCCCGCAUGGUCGGCUUUCUACCUGUAGUUCCCCACCAGAAACGAUGAAAUCUCACCUAGCUACUCCAACACCCCUGUCAGCUCGCUCAUCCUCCCAACGUCCGGCGUCUGCUCCUAUCAUCCAAUUCUUCCCGAGCGCUUCGGCCAAAUCACUCCCGAUCUCCAUGGUAAACCCUCACGUCAGUGGAGCUAUGCCUCACCCCCUGGUUGCACCAACCUGCUCGCAAUCCAGCGUUCACCCGAGUCUUAGCGAGGAGAUGCUGCUCGAUGAAUUGGCUUAUAAUCGUAGACGCCAGGUUUGUCGGCGAAAUCGGACUACAUUUACACCGCAGCAGCUCAGUGAACUCGAAACGCUUUUUGCCAAGACCCAUUACCCAGAUGUAUUCCUCCGCGAAGACCUUGCGAUGCGCAUCCAACUCACCGAGGCAAGGGUUCAGGUUUGGUUUCAGAAUCGCCGGGCAAAAUGGCGCAAGAUGGCACGGCAGCGUCUGGGAGUCGACCCUUGGCGUACCCGACAGAUCAACACCUACCCGAACCCCAUCGGAUUCCACGGCAAUGCCUGGCUCUCCGCGGCAGCCGCCGGGAACUUCGCUGCCGCAACGAGGGGAGUGAGGUCGGGUUCGGCUGCAGCAGCGGCCGCGGCAGCCACGGCGAUGGCCUCGCCGCCGAGCUUGACACCCGGGAUGCUAUACAACGAAGCGAUGGCGAGGCUGGCUCAGCGUUCACUGGCGGGAGGAGUAAUCACCGGAUCGGGCAUCAACGACCACCUUCACUUCCCUCAAGCCGCCAGCACCGCAGGAUGCAACUGUCUCUCGCACUCCGGUUCGACCACCACUUCGUGCACCUCCGGAAAACACUCCAAGCAUCACAUCCAUGCUCCCGACUCUCCCCGAAGCCCAUCCGAAUCCCCGAAACACGGCUCACCAGCCCACUGCCUGGAUGACGACGAAAAGCGAUGUUUCAGCUUGGCGUCGCUGCGCAUGCGUUCUGCCAAGGAGACCACCUCAGAUUUAGACAUGUCUGAGAAGUCGGCUGACUCCCCGCUAAGUCAAGAUGAAUUUGUCAGUGUGAAUUAGUUAUUCACUGAAACAGCCCAUUUCCAGUCGGAUAUUUCAGUCCUAAACAACUUAUGAACUAAUUCGUUAUAUAAUAAUCAUCGUAAUAAAAUGUCUCGUCCCCUGUACGUAAUUUUAGUUUGAAAUAGAAUUUCAAAUCUGGUGUAGACUUAUGCAGCAUGUUAGACCAAGGAGUUAAGUCGGCCACUGUUAUAUUAUUGUACUUAAAUCCGAGAUUUUGAUUUAUGUUCCUUAGCUUUCAAUUGACUUAAUACAAUACUUUAAAGAUUUAUUUCCGUUUCAAACAUAUGCAAAGUAAUACAAAUCAGAUGCAAAUAUAAGAAUUGGUGUUUUACAAAAAACCUACUUCAUCAACUUCAAAAGGAAGUUAUUCAAGUCAAUUUAAAUAGGGAGGUGCUUGGGGACAAAAAUAAUACGAAGCUUCGGCUCUCGGAAAUAGCAAUUUCAUUUUUUUAUAAUUACAAUAGGAAUCGUCCGGUAUUAAGAAAUAACUAAUAAUUAAUUAUCAUUAUUUUGAGAUCAAUAUCGCACCUUUGAAAUGCGUUGAUGGAUCAAUUAAUGAAGACAUAAUUUACAUAUUAGAUCUGACAACUGUCAUUCGCUCUGA